AUGAAGGGGUCACGUGAUAAUGUCCUAAAGUCCGUUCAUCACUUAGAAGGUGCUCAUGGUCUAUCAGCAGCUGACCUUGCAAACCACACCAUCACAGCUUUCUUGGCCCCAAUGGAGGUUUUUGAACCGCUUACCCACAAUCUAUUUAGGGGAGACGAUUUUGUGCCUUCGAGCAGAAUUAUGAAUGAUGAUUUCUCAUCAAUAUCAGCGUUUUCUAUCUUUAGAAAGUUAAGCUCUAUUAAUCCAGCUAAGGCACAAGGACCGGAUGGUAUCCCCGGAUGGCUCCUAAAGGAGAAUGCGGAUCUUUUGGCACCAUCUUUCAUGGAUAUCAUGAAUGUCUCCCUUCGUGAAGGCCGUUUGCCCUCAUCUUGGAAAGAGGCAGAUAUCGUCCCUGUCCCCAAGCAAAGACCUAUCCAAGACAUCAAUAAGCACCUUUGCCCUAUCUCCCUUACGCCUAUCCUUUCCAAGAUUGCAGAAGAUUACAUUGUUCAUGAAUUUGUGAUACCUGCCGUGUUAAAGAAAAUCGACAAAAGACAAUAUGGGACAAUACCUAAAUCAUGCACUACGCACGCACUUGUUAGCAUGAUCCAUAACUGGUAUGUCAGCUCCGAUGGGAUUCGGCCGUGA